AUGGCGUCCUGUUUCGCUGUUAUCGGUUACUUUGUUGUGUGCUUCAUAAACGCAUGCGCUGCCUUUAACAUUAUAAGCCCCCAGCAGUUUGGCAACGACAGUGCGAAGACGUCGUACUUCUUCAACGCACGGAGGACCGCCUACGUGCGCAACAAGUUCCCCAUCAUGCGACCGCGGUUGCGGACUACGACGUCUCGGCCCAGGAGGACCACAACGACGACGGAACCUCCGACUGAUCCUCCACGUCUUGAGAACCUCCAGGUGAAGCGUCAAGCGGUGCUGGACACUGUGCUCAAGCAGGCGGACAUCUUCGAGCUGUCCUCCUCCGACUUCAGCCCCGCGGUCGCGUGGCCCGUGCCUCGGCGGCCGGCGUCCCGCAGGUUCCGACCCAACUCCGUGACGCCCUCGUCCACGUCCCGGCCUCUGCUCAAGCUGCGGCAGCCCAAGCCCACCAGGCCCCCGGCGUACUCGCUGGACGGCUUCGUGCCCAAACCGUCCAUCAUCCGGGUGACCACGACGGAGGCUCCGCUGCAUAUCAAGAGGCUGUACGCGACCGCCAAAACGACGGAGGCGCCCUACCGAAAGAGCUACUCCAAGUUCGGCUCCAAGAAGUCCAAGCCGUUGACGAACGACUACGACGACGACAGCCAGUACCGGAAGCCGUACAAGCACCGGGACUCGAGCAGCCGCAAGUCGUCCAACCGGAUCAUGUCGAACCGGGGCCCGCGCAAGGGUAUCCCGGGCAUCGACUACCCCAGCUUCCACCGCAUCCCGGCCACCUCGUUCGAUUGCAACGAGAAGCAGUUCCCGGGCAUGUACGCCGACACCGAUGCGGGCUGCCAGGUCUGGCACAUGUGCACCGGGGUUCCCAACCUGGGGGCACGGCACAGCUUCCUCUGCCCCAACGGCACCAUCUUCAACGAGCGUCGCGGCGUGUGCGACUGGUGGUACAACGUGGAAUGCAGCGAGUUCAGCUUCUGAGAACGCCGCCGCCCGCAACCUCCGCUCCCCGUCUCUCCAGACG